GCCGCCGUGUCCGACGGGGCGGUCCCGGAAGAGCCCCGGGCGGGGCGGGGGCGCCGAGGCCAUGGGGGCUUUGCUCAUCCUUCUGCUGCUGCAGCUGCCCGGCACCACCGGCGGCGCGGGGGUGUGCGGGAGCUGCCCCGGGCUAAUGCGGAACGACUCCGUCGUAGCCCAGUUUUGUGCAUCCAGGCCCGGUACAGAGAGUGAGGGGCGCUGCUGCUGGGAUCAGGGCGUCCGUCCGGAGCGGUUGCUGGGGCUGGACCUGAGUGACUGCUCCCUGCAGAACCUCCCCCCGGGGCUGGCUGAGGCCUCCUCUGCUGCUGUCCUAGACCUGACGGAGAAUCCUCUGACAACCCUCCCCAAUGGCUCCUUCCUGGGCUUCACCCUCCUGCAGCUGCUAGCAGUGCCACUGCCGCUGGAGUGCCCAGGUGGGAACAGCGCCUGGGAGGAGGUGACGACAAGCGGGAGCAGCCGGCUCUGCCAGGGCCAGAGGAACUCCUGCAACAGCUCCGGAGAGCCUGCCUGGCCGUGCCCUGAGAAUGCUGCCUGUGCCCCAGACGGUCCCGGCCUCGUCCAGUGCCUCUGUAACAGCCCCUUCCAUGGGUACAAGUGCCUGCGUGAGGGCACGUUCCCGCUGCUGCUCUUCUGUGGAGUACUGGGAGCCACCACCCUGUCUCUGUCCCUCCUGCUGUGGGGCACCCAGCGCCGGAAGGCCAAGGCCCCUUGAGAAGACCUCAUAAGGGAGGGGGAUGCUCUGUAUCCCAGAGGAGCCUGUGCCACUGGGUUAUGGUUACUGUGCAGCAGCAGCGAGGGAAGAAUAAAGCCCUGGGCAGCCUC